CUUAAAUAGUGUAAAUGAAUAUAAAAUAUUAUUCCCCCAAACAACACCCAAGAAUUUUUUUUUCCUGUCCCAAAAGCUCAUUUACAAAAAAUAAAUAAAUAAAUAAAUAAAAAUAAUAAUAUUUCUCUCUCUAGAAGCUCCUACACUCAGGACUCCGACGGAUCAGAACUCGGGUUCUUAGCUGAUUUAGAGUCGCCUAAUUUUGUUUUUGGACAAUUUCUGAGGUUUUCUAUCCGAGCAAGAUUUUUCCGGUCAAGGAAGGGUUUCUAUAUGAACAUGAAGAACACUUCACACAGUUUGAGUGCUGGCUGAAUACGUGAAGGAAUGUCUGACCUGUGCUUGUAUGAGUUAGAAGACUUAGUUUGGGAUGACUUUUGCCAGAGUGAUGAUCAUAUAAUUCCUCAUCCUGGUUCUGGAAGAACAGCUCAUCAUUCCAUACUAAGUGACAGCCACAACAAACCUUACAGUGAAGUAGCAAGCUUUUCAAAUAGUACUAGAGAAAGAUCUUUUGUCAGGCAUGUUCAUAUGGGAAUAGAUCAAGGGGCAUUUCCGUCCCUGAAUAAAAGAACGUACACGAUGCUGGAAAAUGAUUCAUGGUGCAACACGCCAAGUUGCUUAUCUCCUUCUUCACCCGAAAGUAACUCUAUCAGAGAGUCAUCAAGUGUAGCCUCUGAUAACACCACAUCAUCUCGUCAUGCCUCGAAAAGCAAUAAGACGGACUCGAAUAAUAAUGAAAUCUGUACAAAUGACACCAUUGCAGUUGAUAGCAGCUCUUUCGGUGAAGCACUUGGUGACAUUACUCACACAGGAAACAAUCUCGAUUUCUUCCAGAAUACGGAGAACAAAGAUUCAAGUGAACUUUUGUAUUACGGUUGGCCUGAAAUAGGAAACUUUGAAGAUGUUGACAGGAUGUUUAGGAGUUGUGAUUCGACAUUUGGGCUUGGGGCCAGUAAAGAAGACGAAUUAGGCUGGUUUGGAUCUACAGAUAAUAUAGGAGGAUCAGGAGACACAGUAAAGUCAGAGUUUGAGUUUCCAUAUCCUGAGCCAAAUCCAGUGGAAUACAGUUCGCAAAAUGACUCUUCCAAGAGUGAUUUCAUCAAUGAUAUUUCCAUGGGGGGAGACUGUUCUUGGACUUCCAAGAAAUCUGAUUCAUACACGUCUUUUGUGAAUGGAUCUGCUAUGGCCAACAGCAAAGAUAGGUUUAUCUUCAAAGAACAGAUCACCAAUGACAAAAAUCAGGUUAAGCUACAGGUCCAGUCCACCGGUAAAAGAAAAGAGCACUGUUUUGGAAAUGGCAGUUUCAAUUAUACGAUUGACCUUCACAAUGAACCACUGCAGCUCCCUCUAUCUUACAUGCACUCAAACAACAGUCCUGAUCUGACCUCGGUAAAUAUGAAUCCACCUGCUGUCAAAUCCGAGAUUCACGGCUUGAAAUCCCCUUCACUGAGAGAUCCCUCUCAUGCAUCCAUCCAAUUGCAGAAUGACCCUAAAUUUCCUGUGGCUGGAAAAAGAGAGAAGCUACAGAAUGAUCCUGGAGUUGUAAACCUUGGAAUUCCAGCAGAGAUGGGCCCCUCACUUAUACAAGAGUGCUCGACAAUGAGUUCCGGCGUGGAUGAUGUUUCACCGGAAGCUGCUAGUUUUCGACAGCUUCAGCUUGUUAUGGAACAGUUGGACUUGAGAACAAAGAUAUGUAUAAGGGACAGUUUGUACCGUCUGGCCCAAAGUGCUGAACAGAGGCAUAACCAUGCAAACUUGAACGGCAGUUGUGCAGUCGAAAUAGAUGCAGGUGGAGCAUUCUUGGCUGCAGGGACAAACGAUUUCAUGAGUAUAGAAACAGAUACGAAUCCUAUAGACCGUUCGAUAGCCCAUUUAUUGUUUCACAGGCCUUCAGAUCCUUCCAACACAGUUCAUGGAUCGAUCACGAGCCCACCUUUAACAGUCGAGAAUUUGAUCACUUGUGAAGAGAAUGCAUCCAAAAUAGAGAAAACCACCAACUGCAAACUGCAGAAAUCUCGAGAGGAAGUGUCAUAAGCAUGAAUGUCAAUGUAUUUAAAUUUAAAGCUGCUUUUUUUGGCCAUGUAGAAUUUGUUCAACGGGUUGUUUAAUUGUUCAGAUGUACUCUGUUUUUUAUUCUCUUUUGUAUACCUCCAUCAUCCAUGGAUGAUGUUUGAUGUACUUUCCCAACGAUGGACGUGUUAGUGAAAGAGCCAUGCAUAGUCGUAGAGUCUUGAAACGCUUCGGACUUAAAAUAAAGUGAUAUAAAUGAUGUUUUAAUUCUC